AUGAGUACUGGUGAUUUUUUAUCUAAAGGUAUAGAUCUAAUACAAACUGCUGUGAAUUAUGAUACCGCUACGCAGUAUGCAGAAGCAUACACCGCGUAUUAUAAUGGUUUGGAUUAUUUGAUGCUGGCAUUGAAGUAUGAAAAGAAUCCAAAAUCAAAAGAAUUGAUAAGGGCAAAAUUUACAGAAUACUUAAAUAGAGCAGAACAACUGAAAGAACAUUUAGAAAAAGAAGAAGAGAAUAAAAAAAAUGGCACUUCAAAUUCAACAAGUGGUGCUCAGAAAUCAGCUAAUAAUAAAGAUUCAAAUGAUGAAGAUGCUGAAGAUAAGAAGCUGAAAGGUGCGUUGUCCGGAGCUAUUUUGACAGAAAAGCCAAAUGUGAAAUGGGAAGACAUUGCUGGUUUAGAAGGUGCAAAAGAAGCUUUGAAAGAAGCAGUUAUUCUACCUGUCAAAUUCCCACAUUUAUUUACUGGCAAUCGUAAACCAACUUCGGGUAUACUAUUAUAUGGUCCUCCAGGUACAGGUAAGUCAUAUUUGGCCAAAGCUGUAGCAACAGAGGCAAACUCUACAUUUUUCAGUAUUAGUUCUAGUGACUUGGUUUCUAAAUGGAUGGGUGAAUCUGAAAGAUUAGUCAAACAGUUAUUUAACAUGGCCAGAGAAAACAAGCCAUCUAUUAUAUUUAUAGAUGAAGUGGACGCAUUGACAGGCCAAAGAGGCGAUGGUGAGAGUGAGGCCAGUAGAAGAAUCAAAACUGAAUUGUUGGUACAGAUGAAUGGUGUUGGUAAUGACUCGCAAGGUGUUCUCGUAUUAGGUGCAACUAAUAUUCCAUGGCAACUUGAUAGUGCCAUUAGAAGAAGAUUUGAAAAAAGAAUUUACAUACCACUUCCCGAUCUAGCAGCUAGAACAAAAAUGUUUGAAAUUAAUGUCGCUGAUACACCUUGUGUUUUAUCAAAGGAGGAUUAUAGAAGUUUAGGCCAGAUGACUGAAGGUUAUUCAGGUAGUGAUAUUGCAGUGGCUGUAAAAGAUGCCUUGAUGGAACCAAUUAGAAAGAUACAAAGUGCUACUCAUUUUAAAGAUGUAUCAGAAGAUGAUCAAAAAAAACUGUGGACGCCUUGUUCCCCAGGGGCUCCAAAUGCCACUGAAAUGAGUUGGGUAGAUAUUGAGGCUAAAGAAUUAAAAGAACCUGUAUUAACCAUAACAGAUUUCCUAAAGGCUAUAAAAACAAAUAGACCAACAGUUAAUGAAGAAGAUCUUAAAAGGCAAGAAGAAUUCACAAGUGACUUUGGUCAAGAAGGUAAUUAG